ACAUAGCGAUCUGCAUUACAUAUCAUUCUGUAUCCUUCACAUUUUUUCUUUUGUAGCAAACCUCAUAGAUUAAGGUGGGUUUUGUUGUUAUUGGGGUUUAGGACCAGUGGUGGAGGUGGUGUGUUGCAGGGUCACAAUGACGACCGCGACGAGGGAAACAAGGGGUAAGGCUAGGCAAGACGAAUCGUAUGAGCCAGAACCCGAUGGGCCGGUGCAUGAAGGUAAGAGGCAGAGGGUGGUUGUAGGUAGUAGUCCCGCCCGUGGGACCCGAUCGGGUGGCAAAGCUGCCAAGAGCACCAAGCAAGAUGCUCACACUGAGGAGCUCAACAGUUCCGCUGAGGACACCGUGGAGCAGUUUCAGGAGUUUGUCGACAAACUGAAAGAUGAGUGUUCGAUUGAGGACGUCAGAGCCAUCGCUGUGGAGAACGGGCUCAACUCCUUGCUUCCCGACAAUAUGCUUCUGCAUGGCGUUGCCGAUCAACUCUUUUAUGGGCCUUUGCAAACCUGCCCCCUGUGCGAGUCUCAUGGCACACAUGCCGCGCUGAUAUGUGAUGGACAUCAGUACAAGUGUUCUGGUUUCAUAUCGGAGUGGACGAUGUGUAACUAUACGGCUCCUUCGGCGGAGCGCACUAACGGGUGUUUGAAACUUCCCAAGAAGUUGAAAAAUGAGUUUCUAAAGCAGUUCGAAAAGUCGCAUGAUGCCUCAAAGAAUCCCAAGCGAGUGCUAGCUUCUGGUGAAAAGCCAUUUUUGGGCAUGACGAUCGUGUUGUCAGGUCGAUUGAGUCGUAAGCAGGGUGCGCGCAGGGCCGACAUAGAGAAGCACGGAGGAAAGGUUGCUAAUGCCAUCAAACCGGGUGUGACAUGCGUAAUAGCAGAUGCGCGAGAUGCUAGCGGGGGUGGUGGAUCAACGAAAAGUGCAGAUGCGAUAUCUUUGAACAUUCCGGUCGUCAGAGAGGAGUGGAUUACCGAUUGCAUCAAGCAGAAGGAACAACUUCCGCUGGAGAAGUAUGAUAUGGCUGCAGAAUUCCCAGGAGAGCGUGAUGUACCCUGGGACAAAAUGUCUCCUCAAGCUGAGGCUGCUCUAUCUUUGAUGGCUGAGGUGAAGUUGGUCGGGAAACGAGGGGUAUACAAAGACACGGAAUUGGAGGAGGAGGGUGGAAAAAUAUUCGAAAACAAAGAUAUUAUAUACAACUGUGCCUUCUCCAUGUGCGACAUGGUCGCUGGAAUUAACGACUACGCAAUAAUGCAAUUGAUUGAAAUGCCCAAUAAAGCAGUAUAUCUGUACUACAAGAAAGGUCGCGUAGGAGAUCGGCUGCAUAACACGGAAAGGCUUGAGGAGAUGGACAGCACUAGACAAGCCAUGAGAGAGUUCGUGAAGCUGUUCGAGACUUUGACAGGGAAUCCAUUUGAGCCUUGGGAGAGAGAGAAGAAGUUUGAGAAGAAGCCAAUGAAGUUCUUCCCAGUUGACAUGAAUUCGGGAGUUGACGCCCGUGCCGGAGGCCUUGGUGUUCAUCAACUUGGCACAGCGGCUGCUCAUACCAAAAUGAAUUCUCGGGUGGCGCAGGAUCUAAAAGUCCUCAUGAGCCAAGAGGUUUACCGGUUUGCCAUGACGGAAAUGGCUAUUGAUGCACCUGAUCUUCCCAGCGGAAAUUUGACGGAAUUUCACCUGGAGAGAUGUACGGAUGUGUUACAGCAAUUCGCGGCGUACCUGAGGGAGCCUGAGGAAGACGAGUUGAAGCAUGAACGGAUGUGCCUCGACUUCAGCAACAAGUGGUGGUCGCUGGUGCACACCACCCGUCCAUUUGUCAUUAAGGAUAUCGAUCAAGUCGCACAGAUGGCGGCGCCAACUCUGGAAGCACUGAAGGCUAUUUCAGUAGCAUCCCAGUUAAUUGGGAACUUGAAAGACGAAUCAACUCUUGACGAUCCAUUGGCAGAUCGCUAUGCGAAACUUGGCUGUCAGAUCACACCUUUGGACCAUGACAGCGAGGACUACAAAAUGAUCAGCAACUAUCUGGCCAAAACCAUCGCACCAGUGAAAUUCAUGGAUUCGGAGUAUUCUGUCAACUUGCAAGAGGCUUGCUUGAUAGAUAGUGCUGCAACUCCUUCUCUGAAAGAUAUUAAGAAAAUGAGCAACAAACAACUUCUCUGGUGUGGUACCAGAACUUGCAACCUACUCGCUUGCAUGAAAGUAGGCAUGCCACCUGCUUCAAUUGAAGCCCCAGCCUCAGGAUACAUGUUUGGAGAAGGGUGGUACUGUUCUGAUUCUGCAGCCCGGGCAGCUCAGUUUGGGUUUACAGCCGUAGACCGGCCAGAGGGGUACCUCAUAUUGGCUGUCGUGGGGUUAGGAGAUGAAAUUUUAGAGCUUACUAAACCUGAAGAGGAUGUGAGCCAAUACAAGAAGAAGAAAGUGGCAAUUAAGGGUCUGGGAAAAAUGACGACAGAUCCGGACGGCUAUAUUAAGUUCGAAGAGGACAUCACAGUGCCAUGUGGUCCACUGAUUCCUGGCAAGGAAGAUAGUCCUCUCGACUUCAAUGAGUUCUGUGUUUAUGACUCUAUGCAAGUGAAACCUCACUACCUGCUUCGAGUAAGAUACGAGUUGGUUGCAUAGAUUGGCAGCGAGGCAAAACAAUGGUGCUGGGGUUACGUUGGGCUGUAGCUCAACAUUUCAUGUAGUUGCUCAUAAAAGUUGGAUUUUGAGUUACAACUGUACUCAUUUUAAGGAAUAGCCUCACAUUUUGCGUAGUGAGAGAGUACAUGGAUGUAGAGCAGUUUAUCUGGUCUGGAACACGGUAUUUAUAUCUGCUGUACAGCAUGAACAUGAACAUGAACAUGAACUUUGUUGAUUUUGUAACCAUCUGAAAGGUGAAAUUUAAAACUUUUAGUGAAUUGCAUUGA